AUGGUAGACAUCCAUGUUUACCUUGUUCUGUUCUUCACGUGGUUCAUUUCGACCCUUUUCAUUCGUUCAAUCUUCAAAAAACCGCAGAAUCUGAGACUCCCUCCUGGCCCUCCCAUCUCAAUACCCUUACUAGGGCACGCGCCCUAUCUCCGUUCCGUGCUUCACCAAGCGCUGUACAAACUCUCUCUACGAUAUGGCCCAUUGAUCCACAUCACCAUCGGGUCCAAACACGUCGUUGUGGCGUCCUCCGCGGAGACUGCCAAAGAGAUCCUCAAAACCUCCGAGGAGGCGUUCUGUAACCGCCCCUUAAUGAUUGCGAGCCAGAGUUUAACGUACGGCGCCGCUGACUACUUUUUCAUUCCCUACGGAACCUACUGGCGCUUCCUGAAGAAGCUCUGCAUGACGGAGCUUCUCAGCGGGAAGACGCUGGAGCAUUUUGUUGGCAUUCGUGAGAGCGAGGUUGAAGCGUUUUUGAAGCGGAUGUUGGAGAUUUCCGGGACGGGGAAGGAAGUGGUGAUGAGGCAAGAACUGAUAACGCACACGAAUAAUAUUAUCACGAGGAUGAUCAUGGGGAAGAAGAGCAACGGUGCGAAUGAUUUUGUGGCGCAGUUGAGGAAGGUGGUGAGGGAGGUUGGGGAGUUGCUGGGGGCGUUCAACUUGGGGGACAUUAUGGGGUUUGCGAGGCCUUUUGAUAUUCAGGGGUAUGGGAAGAAGAACAUGGAGACGCACCAGAAGGUGGAUAUGAUGAUGGAGACGGUGCUGAAGGAGCACGAAGAGGCGAGGGCCAAAGCGGGUGGUGACAGUGAUAGGAAGAAGGAUCUCUUCGACAUUCUCUUGGACCUCGUUGAAGCUGAGGGUGCUGACAAUAAACUCACAAGGGAAAGUGCCAAAGCCUUUGCUCUGGACAUGUUCAUCGCUGGCACAAACGGCCCGGCGAGUGUUAUGGAAUGGUCCCUGGCGGAGCUGGUGCGAAACCCUCUGGUGUUCAGGAAGGCGAGAGAGGAGAUAGAGUUUGUGGUGGGGAAGGAGAGGCUGGUGAAGGAGUCAGACAUUCCCAACCUCCCUUACCUGCGAGCAGUGGUGAAGGAAACUCUGAGACUGCACCCUCCCACCCCAAUCUUCGCGCGCGAAGCCAUGCGCGGGUGCCAGGUCGACGGCUACGACAUCCCUGCGCACUCCACCAUCAUGAUCAGCACGUGGGCCAUCGGCAGGGACCCCAAAUACUGGGACAAAGCCCUGGAGUACAACCCAGAGAGAUUCUUGGUCUCGGAUGAACCUGGAAAAAGCAAAAUCGAGGUGAGGGGACAGUACUACCAGCUUCUACCUUUCGGAAGCGGAAGAAGAAGCUGCCCCGGAGCCUCACUUGCGUUGCUCGUUAUUCAAGCGACGCUGGCGAGUUUGAUCCAGUGCUUCGAUUGGGUGGUGAACGACGGGAAGAGUCACGACAUUGACAUGAGCGAGGAGGGAAGGGUGACAGUGUUUUUGAAGAAACCGCUUAUGUGCAAGCCUGUUCCCCGGUUCACUCCCUUCGCUGCAUGA